AGGUCUUUAUUUAGCUACCCCCCACACGGUGUUUCACGGAUUUUAUGCAGCCGUCACUCUCUCCCAGUCUCUGUUUUUUUUCGUUCCUUUCUUUGGUCUCUGUUUCUUCACUCAAUCCAACUCUAUCCCUCUUCUUUUUCCCUUACCCAUUUCAAUCACCACAUUCAAUUCUCAAUAUUUUAAUAUUAUUAUUCCCUAUCAACUUUACCCCACCAAAAUCAUCAUCUUUCGUAUAUAUAACUCUUCUUCCCUUCACCAUCUCAAUUCAAGAUUUCAUUUCUCAUCCCUUUUCUUUCGUUCUUCAUGCCCUACAACACAAUGCAGAGAUAACUAUUCUCUCUCAGAUCUGCUUCUUUCAUAAUAGAAUUCCACUUUUUGAUAAGUGACAACAUGGCGCAAGCGAGAUAUAGUAGAAUAGACAAUAAACGAUCUCCGUCGAGUUACUGCUCAACGGUGACGAUUGUUGUGUUUGUUGCUCUAUGCUUGGUUGGUUUAUGGAUGAUGACGUCGUCCGUCGUUCCGGUGCAAAAUGUAGAUGAGUCGACUAAGAAUGAGGUGAAAGGACAGAGCGAGGCGAAGGAUCAGGCAACUGACAUCACUAAUAGCAAUCCUCAGAAUUUUGAAGAUAAGAAGGGAGAUCUGCCCCAGGAAUCUACCAAGGAGGAUAACAAUGCUAAGCAGUCCGAAAACAACCAUGUUAUGCCCAAAAAGCAGGAAGAGAAAUCGGAUGAAAAGCCUGAAGAUAAGUCUCCUGAAGAUACCAAGAUGACAUAUAUUGAUCCAAAUCAGAACAAGAAGACAUCUGAUUCGGAUGAGAGCAAUAACAAAUCUGUUUCUGAUGAGAGCAAUAACAAAUCCGGUUCUGGCGAGGACAACAAGAAGUCCGAUUCUGACGUGAGUGAGAAGAAGUCCAAUUCUGAUGAGAGAGAGAAAAAAUCGAAUUCAAACGAUAAUAAAUCUGGUUCAGAUGCAAGUGAAAAUAAAAAGGAUGAGUCGAGUGAAACAACAGAUAAUAAGACAGAAGAAAAGGCAGAUCAAAGUGGUAACCAAGAGUCUGAUGAAAGCUCUAAUGAGAAGAAAACAGAUGAAAAUACCAAAAACCAGGGUUCUAAUGAGCUACUCCCUUCUGGGGCCCAGUCAGAGCUUUUGAAUGAAACUACAACUCAAACCGGAUCUUUUUCAACUCAGGCAGCAGAGUCAAAGUCUGAAACUGAGUCCCAAAAAUCCUCCAAGCAAUCUACUGGGUUCAAUUGGAAACUCUGCAAUGUCACUGCCGGCCCUGACUACAUUCCAUGCCUUGACAACUUGCAGGCGAUUCGGAACCUUAAAACUACUAAACACUAUGAACACAGAGAAAGGCAGUGUCCUGAAGAUCCUCCUACCUGCCUUGUCGCUCUUCCUGAAGGAUAUAAACGCCCAAUUGAAUGGCCCAAAAGCAGAGAGAAGAUAUGGUAUUCCAACGUUCCACACACUAAGCUUGCUGAAUACAAGGGGCACCAGAAUUGGGUGAAAGUUACAGGCGAGUACCUUACUUUUCCUGGUGGUGGAACCCAAUUCAAACACGGUGCGCUUCAUUACAUUGACACCAUACAACAGUCUGUACCUGAUAUUGCCUGGGGCAAACAAACACGUGUGAUAUUGGAUGUUGGAUGCGGCGUUGCCAGCUUUGGUGGCUUUCUCUUUGAAAGAGAUGUACUUGCAAUGUCAUUUGCACCAAAAGAUGAACACGAAGCUCAGGUACAAUUUGCACUUGAAAGGGGAAUUCCUGCUAUAUCUGCUGUGAUGGGCACAAAGAGGCUUCCCUUCCCUGCUAGAGUAUUUGAUGCCAUUCAUUGUGCACGCUGUAGAGUUCCGUGGCAUAUAGAAGGUGGCAAACUUCUGUUGGAGUUGAAUAGAGUAUUGCGACCUGGUGGUUUCUUUGUAUGGUCUGCUACUCCUAUUUAUCAAAAGCUGCCCGAAGAUGUAGAAAUAUGGAACGAAAUGAAGGCUCUAACAAAAGCAAUGUGUUGGGAAGUGGUGUCUAUCAGCAGGGAUAAACUUAAUAAAGUUGGUAUAGCUGUAUACAAGAAGCCAACUUCUAAUGAGUGUUAUGAGAAACGUUCCAAGAAUGAGCCUUCUAUAUGUCAAGACUAUGAUGAUCCUAAUGCCGCCUGGAACAUUCCAUUGCAAACUUGCAUGCACAAAGCGCCAGUUAGUUCGACAGAACGUGGGUCACAAUGGCCAGGGGAGUGGCCAGAAAGACUGAGCAAAUCACCUUACUGGUUAUCAAAUUCUGAAGUUGGAGUUUAUGGAAAACCUGCUCCUGAAGAUUUUACUGCUGAUCAUGAACACUGGAAACGUGUAGUGUCCAAGUCUUAUCUAAAUGGGAUUGGCAUUCAGUGGUCCAAUGUGCGCAAUGUCAUGGACAUGAGAUCAGUUUAUGGAGGGUUUGCAGCAGCCUUGAUGGAUUUGAAAAUUUGGGUUAUGAAUGUGGUUCCGGUAGACUCACCGGACACACUUCCAAUUAUUUAUGAACGUGGUCUGUUUGGCAUAUAUCAUGAUUGGUGUGAAUCAUUUAGCACAUAUCCCAGGUCCUAUGAUCUAGUUCAUGCAGAUCAUCUGUUUUCAAAGCUUAAGAAAAGGUGCAAGUUUGAAGCUGUAGUUGCCGAGGUUGAUAGGAUUCUCAGGCCUGAGGGAAAGCUUAUUGUCCGAGACACUGCUGAGACCAUAAACGAGCUGGAGAGCUUGGUGACGGCUAUGCAGUGGGAGGUUCGUAUGACUUACACUAAAGAUUUGCAGGGCAUUUUAUCUGUCCAGAAGUCCAUGUGGCGGCCUACAGAAUUGGAGACAGUAGAGUAUGCUAUUGGCAGCAUACCAAAUUCGAGACAGUAGAGUAUGCUAUUGCUUAAGCAUGAUGAGAUGCCAACAAGAGUUAGGUGAUUUUAGGGUUUUAUUUGCUCAAAAUUCUGUCUGUUUCCUACAUUAUUCCUUAUGUAUCAUUAAGUUAGUCAUUUUUUUUUUCUUUGCUAAUUUAUUUUGAUCACCACUGUAUGGAGGCUUGUUUCUUUUAUUGUAACAUUAGUUAAGGAAUUCUGAUCACAUUCUUGGAAUUUUAGAGGCUUUGGAUGAUUGAUAGUUGAGGUUCUGGAAAUAGUUUAUUCUUGACUACCAAAAUUUGGUAUUAGUUUUGUAAUUGAAUAUUUAGACAAGAACAAUAUAUUAUUGUUUCAAAUAUCAAA